GUUCGGCGGCGGCGGCGGGGCCGGGGCCGGGGCCGGGGCCGGGCGCGCUGCAGGGGCAGCCCGGCCGCCGCGGGGCCGCCAUGCCCGCCAAGUCCAAGUAUAACCUGGUGGACGACCGGCACGACCUCCGCAUCCCCCUGCACAACGAGGACGCCUUCCAGCACGGCAUCUGCUUCGAGGCCAAGUACAUCGGGAGCCUGGAUGUGCCACGGCCAAACAGCCGGGUGGAGAUCGUGACGGCCAUGCGGCGGAUCAGGUAUGAGUUUAAAGCCAAGAAUAUCAAGAAGAAGAAAGUGAGUCUCAUCGUGUCAGUGGAUGGUGUGAAGGUCAUUCUGAAGAAGAAGAAGAAGCUUCUUUCGUUGCAGAAAAAAGAAUGGGCCUGGGAUGAGAACAAAAUGCUCGUCAUGCACGAUCCCAUCUACAGGAUAUUCUACGUGUCUCAUGACUCCCAGGACCUAAAGAUAUUCAGCUACAUUGCCAGGGAUGGGUCUAGCAAUGUCUUCAGGUGCAAUGUCUUCAAAUCCAAGAAGAAGAGCCAAGCCAUGCGCAUCGUCCGGACGGUGGGGCAGGCAUUUGAGGUCUGCCACAAGCUGAGCCUCCAGCACACCCAGCAAAACGCGGACGGGCAGGAGGACGGAGACAGUGAGAGGAACGGGGACGACCUGGAUGUCCCAGCCUGCCGCCUCGCCAGUGCGGAGAGGGCGGCCGCCUCAGCGGAGGAGACGGACAUCGAUGCCGUGGAGCUGCCGCUGCCCGGAGCUGACAUCCUCGACUUCAGCCGCGGCGUGACCGACCUCGACGCCGUGGGCAAGGAGGCGAGCGCCUACGCCGAUGCCAAGGGCUGCCUCCACCCUGAAGACAUCCUGACAGCGUCGCCCAAGAUGCUGCUGCCCUCGUCUGCCCAGCUGCCUGACCUGGGAACACCCCUCUCUGCCCACCACCAAAUGCAGCUUCUCCAGCAGCUCCUGCAGCAGCAGCAGCAGCAGACGCAAGUGGCCGUGGCACAGGUCCACUUGCUGAAGGACCAGCUGGCCGCGGAGGCGGCGGCACGGCUGGAGGCCCAGGCUCGCGUGCACCAGCUCCUGCUCCAGAACAAGGACUUGCUGCAGCACAUCUCGCUCCUGGUCAAGCAGGUGCAGGAGCUGGAGCUGAAGCUGGCAGGGAACACCACCACAGGCUCCCAGGACAGUCUGCUGGAGAUCACCUUCCGCUCCAACGUCCUCCCCGUCCUCUGCGACCCAACCACCCCGCAGCCCGAGGACACCCACCCGCCGCCGCUGGGCCCCGGCUCGGGCUUCCCCAGCUCCCUGGGCAGCCCCAUAGGUAGGAACGACUGUCUGGUGAAGCUGGAGUGCUACCGCUUUCUGCCGGGCUCAGGGCCACCCGCUCCGGAGCCAGCGCUGGGCAGCCUGGAGCUCAUCAAGUUCCGCGAGUCGGGCAUUGCCUCCGAGUACGAGUCCAACACGGACGAGAGCGAGGAGCGCGACUCCUGGUCCCAGGAGGAACCGCCGCGCCUGCUCCACGUCCAGCCCAGGCAGGACCUGGGCGACAGCCUGGAGGACGAGAUUGCGGUGUAGGGGUCGUCAGGAGGUGGUGCGGAGCUGCUGGGACCUGCCGGAGCUGGGGCGGACCCUGGCCGUAGCCCCCCUGGCCCUGGCAGGGACGGGAUGGCCCGGAGGGAGAGGGGGGCGGAGGAGGGAGCGCCAGGCUUCCAGAACAUGUCCGGGAGGCGUGCGGAGGUGAGGACCGAGCCGUGCCGAGGGGCUGCGGUGCGCCAGGCGUGCUGUGCUCCAGCGUGCAUGGGCUUGUGUGCUGAGCUGGAGCGUCCCCGCUUUGCAUCGGACAGUGAGCUGACAGCUAACCCCUGGUCCCCCUCCCCCUGCAAGCUGCGUUUCAAGCUCAGGCAGAAGCAAAGGACUCCCUGCCGGAUUAGCCACUGCUGGUGGUGCAGUAAAGCAGAUGAAGGUUUUUGCUGGGGGAAUGAGAGAGCAGGCACAGGGCAGUGAGUGGGGACAAGAGGGACCAAGGAGGCAGCGCCGGGGCGGUGAGCAGGGACAGAGCCGCUGACAGGGGGUCUGGCCCUCUGCAUGGUGGAGAGGGUCGGAGAUACGUCCAGGGCCGUGCUAGCGGGGUGGUUAGGGUCGGUGGUGGUGUACGGUCGGUGUGGGUGCGCGAGUGAGAGGUGAGGCAGAGGGGGACAGUGGGGACGAGCCUGGGAAGGAGCUGAAGGCGUGAGAUGAGGUUGUGCAGGGUGGCUGAGUGCAGGCAGCUCCUGGCAGGGUGAUGGUGUUUGUGGCACUUCCAGGACAGGGUUUAUCCCUGCCUGAGGCAGGUGGAGGGUGUGCGGGCACUGCCUGCUCCUCUCCUGGGCUGUGGAGCGGAGAGGAAGGCAUGGCUCGGCACGGAGCAGGGAGCCAGGGCACGCAGCGCGAGGCUGUGGAGUGUCCUUCCCCUCAUUGUCCAGUCCUUGGGCUCCUUGGCAUGGCUGCCAGGUUUCAAAGCCUUUCUGGUGCUCUCAGGUCAUGUUUUCAAGCACUUACCCGCACCCCUCAUCACCACAAACUCCCUACUUUGCUUUAUAGACAAGCCCUCCCAUUUCCACGCAGUCAUUUGCCUCCGGACCAGGGCUGGGGGAUGCAGUGCUGCCAUCGGCCGUGUGCAGGGAUGGGCAUGCUUGCUGCCCCUCGAUGGGGAGUGAAGUGCUGGUGUCUGCAGGGGGGGGGUCCUUCACAUCUCUGGUUUGCACCUUCCAGAAAAGUGAAUCCAAGAUCUCAGGAUCCCCCACCAGACCCCAAGACACCCAUGGCUGAGAGCCGUCUGGGGGCCUCCAAGGGAUCCAGAGCUUGCUUCUUUUCUGCAAGCACAUUUAUCAGCUGCCUGUUGCUGCAGCCUCUAAGAGGCCAUGGCUGAAGGGGUGUGAACCAGAGUCCUGAUGUCCCCCCUGCUCCUUGAGGAAACACUCAACGAGGUGGGGAUUGGCACAGUUGUCUUCCUCCCCAUCUACCCUCCUGUUCUGCUUCUGCUUCGCUUUGUUGCUUCCCUGCUGCUCUCGCCUUCGCCAGCUCUGUCUCUGCUAGAUCUGCCUGCAACUAACCCCUAGCUGAGCAUCUCCCAGACACGAGGUCUUGCCCUCCUCCAGGGCUUAGCUCGGCUUCUGAGGAAGGUCCAUCACCUCUUUCUGCCCCAGUCCCUUAGGGACUGAAGGCUGCUGAGGAGUGAGGUGUGGGUGAGACCCCUGGGGUCAGUACGAGCUGUGCUGUGCACUCUCCACUACAGGAGGAGGCUCGACACUGUGAGGAGCUAAAGAGUCCUAGUGGGAAGGAAGGACAUGUUUCGGUGUCCCCAGCAGUGGCCUGGUGUCCAGGGGAGCCCCUGCACCAGCCACAGAGGGGCCAGAGUGGGAGCCAUUUGGGACACGGGUGCUCCUGUCCUCUGGCCACCAAUACCUCCGUAUGCCCUGUCCCGCACUGCUGUGGGCACAGCUGUGUGCCAGCCCCUCUGCUGGGGACCCCGACAUCCCACUGUCAGCUUGAAGCAGUUGGAGGUUAAAGCAUGGGGUGGGAGGCUGGUCCUGCCAAGGAGGGAGAGGUGGAGAUGGCAGCACGCACAGGACGUGGCGCAGGCAGGGUAGGGAUGCAUGGGUGAGCUCAGAGAGGGAUUUCCAUGUGGGCAGACAGAUCGUGCAGGAGAGGGGACAGCAGGAGCUUGGCCAUACACACAGGGAAGAUGAAGAGAGAGCCCCGGAGGAGCAGCAGCAGGCAGGAGGUCUCUUCCAGGCUGGGCUGCCUCAGAAAGCAGGCAGGACUGAGCCAUCUCCCCACGCCACCGUUCCUGCCCGUCCCCGCUGCACACGUGCAGCCGAGGCAGUGCCCCACCAGUUGCUGUUGGGACCAGCUGUGGGCUUGGGCUCCUGCCCGGCACUCUGCCUACAGGGGCGGUGGGGGGUGCCCCGUGGGCUGGGGGGUGCUGCCGGAGCUGGGUCAGAACCUGCCAGUGUCCUGCCGUACCAUGGGUGUACAUGUGUAAAUGAUCCUCCUCUUAACUCAGUGCUGCCUCCAAAACGCCUCUCUAGCCUCUUACUUUUGUUAUGGACCUUGACCGGGGAUUUAUAGCUAUAUUUUUUGUCCUUUCUUUUCCUACAACUGUCAUGUUACUAACUGUUGACUCAAUCUAUCUGGGAAACCAAUCUGUCAAUGUAAGUGCACUUAACCCUUGGGUGUUGUCAUUAGUCGACUGGCUUUUGCUAAAUAAAUCUUUCUAUUUCUCAA